CCAGAGCCGGCACGCAGCCUCCAGUCCGGGAGUGUCGGUGGGCGCGCUCCCGGCCCUGCGCGCGGGGCCCGGGACGCAGCGGGGGACAACUAACCAACGUGACGUGGGCAGAGGGGCAAGUUUCGAGGCGAUACCUGACGGGGCUCUCUGCUUUCUCUAGUCCUCUACUACAGAAGAAGGGACGUGUGCUUGGCUGCCCCAGACAUGAAUUACGCUCGGUUCCUCACAGCAACCAGCGCAGCGCGAACGCCUUCGGCCAUCCGAAUCCUGAUUUUGGAAGCUAAGAAGUCUGAGAUUGAGGCAUCAGUAAAUUCCUGUCUGACUGCCGUUAUCACUGUAGAAAAUGGGAAGCCCAUCCAAUUUGAAGAAGAGAUGAUGAAGAAAGCACUUCAGUAUUCUCCAAGUACUGGAAUUCCAGAGCUUGUGUCCUGGCUCAAAAAGUUACAAAUAAAACUGCAUAAUCCUCCCACCAUCCACUCCCCAUCCAGUGAGGGACAAAUGGAUUUAUGUGUCACAUCUGGCAGCCAGGAAGGGCUUUGUAAGGUGUUUGAAAUGAUCAUUAAUCCUGGAGAUAAUGUUCUUGUAAAUGAACCUAUUUAUUCAGGAACACUUCAAGUCUUUCGAGCAUUGGGCUGCAACAUGAUUAAUGUUGCUAGUGAUGAAAAUGGGAUGAUUCCAGACUCCCUUGAAGAAAUACUUUCCAAAUGGAAACCAGAAGAUUCAAAGAACCCCAAGAAAAACACCCCCAAGCUUCUUUAUACUGUCCCAAAUGGCAACAACCCUACUGGAUACUCAUUAACAAGUGAUCGCAAAAACAAAAUCUAUAAGCUUGCAAGAAAAUAUGAUUUCCUCAUAGUAGAAGAUGAUCCUUACUAUUUUCUUCAGUUCAAUGAGCCCUGGGAACCUACAUUUCUUUCCAUGGACGUUGAUGGGCGUGUCAUCAGAGCAGACUCUUUGUCAAAAAUCCUCUCCUCUGGGUUGAGAGUAGGGUUUAUGACUGGUCCAAAAGCCUUGAUAGAGAGAAUUAUUUUACACAUGCAAGUUUCAACAUUGCACACCAGCACUUUUAGCCAGUUUAUGAUAGCACAGCUUCUGCACCAGUGGGGAGAGGAGGGCUUCCUGGCUCAUGUAGACAGGGUUAUUGAUUUCUAUAGGAACCAGAGGGAUGCAAUAUUGGCAGCUGCAGAAAAGUGGUUAAGUGGCUUGGCAGAAUGGCAUACUCCUACUGCUGGAAUGUUUUUAUGGGUUAAAAUUAAGGGCAUUAAUGAUACAAAACAACUUCUUGAAGAAAAACUCCUUAAGAAAGAGGCAUUCCAGAUAUUAGCACAAUUGAUAAAAGAAUCUUUAUGAAGAAAUCAAACCUAAUCAAACUACUUGUGGAUUUUUCAGAUAGAUUAUUUCUGUGUUUUGGCAGGAAGAAAUGAUCAUUGAGAUCAAUACCUACAGAUUGGAUCUCAUCAAG